AUGGAUUCUUUAUUUGUUGAAAGGCUGGCUCAAAGAGAUGAAGUUGAAGGUAGAUUUUGUGAAUUGUUUAAAGAGGUCCAGAUAAUGGUUGGACCUCAACUCGAGGAUGAAUCUAUGGAGAGGAAAUUGAUUGUUGCACUUAAAAGUGAUUUAGUUGAGAAAGAUCUUCGGAUUGGUGAAUUGGAGGAAAUUUUACAACUAAGAAAUAAGGAUUAUGAGAGGUUGAAUGAUGAGUUGAUUAGUUUAAAUAUUGAGAACAAUAUUCUGAGGGACAAGCUUCAAAAUAUGACUGAAGAGAAUUCCAAACUGGUUAAAAGAUGGUUGAAUAAAGUCCAGCAGGAAGCUGAUGCGAUGAAUGAGAACCUACAUUGA